AUUAGAGUUAUUUCCCCUGUUCUCGCGAAUUCAGCCAUCUUUGUUGAAGUUCAGCUGGAAAAAUCUAAACAUUGCGUGGAAGUGACUUUUCAUAUAUAGUUUUGGCCAGGUAUUGGCCAGAAUCGUAAUGCAUGCCUCUCUCAAGCACCAACAAGCGUGCUUUAACGGAUCAAAAUAAAGGAGACGACACGCCAAAUCAUAAACGCCGAAAAAACUGUGAUACCCCCUCUCGGAACAAGAACUGGCAAUCAACAAUGACAGACUCCCAAAGAAAGCCAAAUUUCUCCGCUCUGACUACGUCCAGUAAUGGAAUCAACAGACAUGCAUCACCCCUGGCUAACAGUAAGCCAGGAUCUGCCAAAAAACUUGUGAUAAAGAACUUCAAAGAUAAGCCGACGAUGCCGGAGAACUUUCAGCAGGACACAUGGAAGAAGCUAGGCGAGGCGGUGAAUGCGAUACACAGGAGCUGUGCGAUCCGCUACAGCCUGGAGGAGCUGUACCAGGCCGUGGAGAACAUGUGCUCCUACAAGAUGUCCGCCAAUCUGUACGACCAGCUGAAGCAUAUCUGUGAAGACCACGUCAGGGCCAGCCUCGACCAGUUCCUGGGAGAGUCGCUGGACUAUGAACAAUUCCUCAAGCUUAUAGACAACUGUUGGCAGGGCCAUUGUAGACAAAUGAUAAUGAUCAGGAGUAUAUUUUUGUUCUUAGAUAGAACAUAUGUACUUCAGAACUCGACAAUUCUUUCAAUAUGGGACAUGGGGCUAGACUUGUUUCGGAACUACAUCAUCAGUCACAAGACGGUUGAGUCGAGAACCGUGGAUGGACUACUGCGACUCAUCGAAAAGGAGCGGAACGGCGAGGCAGUCAACCGGCAGUUGCUCAAGAGUCUGCUACGCAUGUUGUCAGAUCUGCAGAUAUAUCAAGAAGCAUUUGAGUGUAAGUUUCUGGAGGCUACAGAAAGACUUUAUAUGGCUGAGGGACAACAUCUGAUGCAGGAACGAGACGUUCCCGAGUAUCUGGCCCACGUUGACAAGCGACUCAACGAGGAAUCUGAGCGACUUCUUCACUAUCUCGACCAGUCCACCAAGAAGCCACUAAUCACCUGCGUGGAGAAGCAGCUACUUGAACAACAUCUGCACCAGAUGCUGCAGAAAGGUCUGGAUCACAUGCUAGAUGAGAACCGCGUUUCUGAUCUGAGUCUGCUCUAUCAGCUGCUGUCACGGGUCAAGGAUGGCUUGAAGGAACUCUGCUCAGGUUUCAACCAGUACAUCAAGAACACUGGUCGGCUGAUGGUAGUAAAUAAAGAAAAUGAUCCAGAGAAAGAUAAGGACAUGGUGCAAAACCUUCUUGAUUUCAAAGACAAAAUUGAUGACAUUAUCGGUGUAUGUUUUAUGAAGAACGAGAAGUUUAUUAAUGCAAUGAAGGAGAGUUUUGAGAAUUUCAUCAAUCAGAGACAGAACAAACCAGCCGAGUUGAUAGCAAAGUAUGUUGAUUUCAAACUAAGGGCAGGAAACAAGGAAGCAACUGAAGAGGAGUUGGAGAGACUUCUUGAUAAGAUUAUGGUGCUAUUUAGAUUUAUUCAUGGUAAAGAUGUGUUUGAAGCGUUCUACAAGAAAGACCUCGCCAAGCGCUUGUUGGUCGGGAAGAGUGCAUCGGUGGAUGCCGAGAAGUCCAUGCUGUCCAAACUCAAACAAGAAUGUGGGGCAGCGUUUACUGGCAAGUUGGAAGGAAUGUUCAAAGACAUGGAACUAUCAAAAGAAUUGACGCUAGCAUUUAAGCAGCACAUGAUGAACAUUGAUGCGCCUGGUGGUAUUGAUCUGACGGUGUGGAUUCUCACUCAGGGAAACUGGCCCACCUACCAGCCCAUGGAAAUCCAUCUACCUGCAGAAAUGAUCCUGUUUCAGGAGAUUUUCAAGAAGUUUUAUCUCGGCAAACACAGCGGCCGUAAGCUUCAGUGGCAGCCCACCCUCGGACACUGCGUGUUGAAAGCUACUUUCUCCAGUGUAAAACAUUUCACGGCUAGAAAGGAGCUUCAGAUGUCCCUGUUCCAGUCUCUAUGUCUACUUCUCUUCAACGAUGGCAACGAAUUUUCAUACGAACACAUCAAAAAGGCCACAGCUAUCGAGGAUAGCGAACUGAAGCGAACUCUCCAGUCACUUGCGUGUGGUAAAGCCCGGGUCCUGCACAAAGUGCCAAAGAGCAAGGAUAUUGAAGACACGGACAAGUUCGUGUUUAACGAGGACUUCAAACACAAGCUAUACCGGAUCAAGAUCAACCAGAUACAGAUGAAAGAAACGCCUGAGGAGAACGUGAACACGACGGAGCGUGUAUUCCAGGACCGACAGUACCAGGUGGACGCCGCUAUCGUCAGGAUCAUGAAGACACGCAAGAGUCUCACCCACAACCUCCUCAUAUCCGAGCUUUACAACCAGCUCAAGUUUCCAGUCAAGCCUACAGAUCUUAAGAAACGAAUUGAGAGCCUUAUUGACCGUGACUACAUGGAGCGAGAUAAAGAUAACCCGAACACCUACCACUAUGUCGCAUGAUCGGACUGUGUUGGUUAUUCACUACGUUCUAAUUGUGUCCACAGCUGCAACAAGGAACGGAAAAAACUUGGCAGUUAUUCUCGUUGGUAACUAGACGAAGUAGUUGAGAGUUGUGCGACACACGUUUCGGACUGGUUGAGCCAGAUGUUUCAUUUUACGACUGACAGAACAGUACACCGUGGUGAAAGUGCCGCACGUUUAUCCAAGCAGUUAUACACCAUGGAGCCAUGUGUAUACGUUGUGUAACACACAGAACUACAGUGCUAGGGGAAAGUCAAGAUUGCCAGUCUUAGAGUCUGUGUGGUCUUACGUUUGUUUCUCUGUAUAAGUGAUAUAUUGAUAUUUUCUCAGUUCUUUUGGCAGUAACAGAGUGCCUAUUUUUGUGAAAAGAAAAAAAAAGAAGACACCAAAUGAGUUGACCAAUGUUUUGUUUCUCUAGGGUUGGAAAGUUAUUGCUGUAUGUGACAAUAUUGUAUAAAGCAGACAUUUGUACUGAUAAUUUAUUUCCUAGUUAACGUUUUGUUUUGCCACUGAUUUAGAGUACUGUACCUGCCAGUUUGCUUAGUUUCCCAAACGAUCGUUUUGCGUAUUAAUCCAGUGUAUUUUGUUUGGGUUUUUUAAGUAGCAGACUUGAGUCAUUGUUUAUUUUUGUAACAAACUCCACAGACAGUUUGAAACUAAUUGUCCAAGUAUUUGUUAAAUAGCCAGAUACCUAAUUCAUAGAACUCUUAUGAGGAGCUUCGCAUCACCCUUACAAGUGUUUGCAUUCACUGCAGAAUCUUAUGAGGAGCUUCGCAUCACCCUUACAAGUGUUUGCAUUCACUGCAGAAUCGUAUGCCAUAUAACCCUAGUUAAAAUGGGUUGACUGCGUCAUUCAAUAAAACAUGUCUUCCUUACAUAUUUCACUGCAAUAUUGCAAAGUUCUGAGACAUUAGCAAAUUAAGCCCCAGAUGACAAAAUUACAUGAAAUAUAUCAAUUAUUACAUGAAAUUAGUUUGCCAAUUUAAAAAAAAAAAACUCAAUUGCUUUAAAUUUAAAAUUAGCAGUAAUGAGUGCCAAAGCUAGCUCUGUUUGUAUUUUCAAUGCCUAUUGGCUAUAAAAGUAUGUUCUGGCAGUAAUAUAUCUGUCAGUAAAAACAAAUGCUGACUUUAGUUAAUUUUACUAUGGUAUUGCAGAAGGCUGUGUAUGUACUUUAAGUAUUCACCAUGUUUUAAAACAUUUCUUUGCUAACAUACUGUAUACUGAAUGGUCAUGUGUUUAAUGCAAUGUAAUGCAAGUGUUCAAUUAGGUUUCCCACCCAUCUGACCUCUUAUCAACAUUUGGUUUUCCUCCCCCACACCACCUCGUUUAUCCCACUGCCCCUUUUCCUCUCUCCUUAAAUUACAUUUUAUUUCUUCCCAAUCUGGAAGCUUCUCUUAUUUUUCAACUUCUUUCAUUGUUCAUCUCCACAUCCCAGUCCUUGUCUCUCCAACUGCAACAGGUACUUGUCACUCGUGGCCACUCGUGCCACGCACCUGCCGUACACCUGCCAUUUCCAGUCAGCUUUAGCUGUGGGUUUGGUGUGACUACUUCAGAACAUGUUCAGUGGUUACUGCUAGCAUUGAUAAGAGACACUUGUAACCGCCUACUAUAAUCACUUACUACUGUUAAUCGUUAGUUAGUGCCAUGGGUCAGACCAGCUUUAUUAGCAUCGGAGGACGACGCUGACAGCUUGGGGCUACGGAAGUACACGGAGAUCACCCGUGGAGGAUGUUGAGAUUGGUUGAUAGUUUUACCUAGAUUUCUGCGUGGUUAUUUGAAUUACAUUGGUGUAAUCUAUUAAUUUAACUUGCAUUGAACUUCCAGUUUAAUGACAGUAUUUCAAGCUAAUAUGGUAUUGUUAAGCAAAAGAAAUUAUAAAAGAGAAAAUAUUUCAUUGCAUAAAGAAAAGUUUGAUUCUUUGUCAAGUGACUUUGAGAACAUAUAACGGUUUGCCACACAACCGAUUGUUCCUCUCAGAUUUGCAUAAUCAACUCGCGAACGGAACGACUGUUCUUGUGAAAUAUUGUACCCUGGGUCGGUGCCUGUUAACAUUUCAGUCACAGAGACUCCAAAGUUUGCUGCCAUUGAAAGAUGUUUUCUUUUAUACCUUAACCUGACCUCUGACCUUACAUUUCCCCCGCUCUUCACAUGAACUGGCUUGAACAUUCCCAACAACCAAUCCAAUGGCUAAAAUCUUCCAGUGAGUUCAGGGUAUCCUGUUUUGGUCAUGUGUUACCCUGUUUCAUGUUUUAGCCUCUGGUCAAGUUAAGUAUUCAUAAAAAAAGAAAGAAAAUAAGCCAGCUUUUCUACAUUAUCAUUAAUACAGACUACUAAAAUUACAUAUUAUUUACUUAAAAAUUGUCUAGUAUAUUAAUGUUUGUUAAUAACAAUUUAUAUUGGUAGUCCUAAUUUAACCCACACCAGAUUUUACAUUGCAAUAAUCUUGUAGGUAUAAAAAAAUAUAUCUUAGGAAGUUUGGGCCACUAUAAACAUUAGUAGGAUGAUAAAAACAUUUUUAAAAGGUCACUGAAUUUCUAUACAUCGACAUUGCAUCUCUUCCCAUUAAAAGUUCAUGUGCUAAACACAGGUUUUAGGGAGACUGAAAUUGAAGGGAUGUGUGUGGUGCACCCCCUGCACCCUCCCACUUGAUCCUUACCUGUAAGCCUGCAUGUCUUUUACACUUGACUUUUGUUGCACUUUUAUUAGUUCAGUUUUGGUACAGAAGAUUAUAAACCCACCAAAUACCUGCUGCACAGGGUUAGCUUUGGGGGUGCAGGAAAUGUUGCCAAAUGUUCUAUUAAAUGUAUCUAUUAAAUCAUAUAUUAAAAAAUUAUUAAACUUGUUUAUUAAAUUAUAUACAUUUUAUCAUAUCUAAUAAACGUAACAGAGCACAAAUUGCUUACUGAAAAUAUUACACUUAACACUUUUUGUCGUAUGUAACAAAAUUUAAUGGCAGAAUUUUGUGUUUGUAUAUACAUGUAUAUCCUUUUGAUAUACGAUGAAUUUUUUUUAUCAUUCUAUGAUAUUCAUGAUGAAAGAAGCAAUUCAGCUGUUUCUGCCCCAGUGUCAAAUACCGUUAUGGAUUUUCUCAUCAAUAGUGUAUUUAUUCAUCGACAUCUUCAUGUUGUCAAAUAAAGACACAAAAACAAUUACUACCUUUGAAUGAAAAGAUUUAAAAAUAAAGUCUGAACCAUCCACUGUUGAACAAUUCAUUGCAAUUUGAUUUUUAAGCUUUAUAGCCAAUUACGGUUCAAGCCUGCUGUCCUGGGCACACACCACGGCUAUCUGGAAUGUCUGUCCAGGACUGUGGGUUAGGGCUUAGUGAGAGAGAGGUCAGGUUAGUGGCUGUACUUCUCCCACUUUCCACCACCCCCAUGAUUCAUUAAAACACAUUCUGAAAGCUAUUGCUUGAAUUUGAACCCAGUAUCUUUCCGACUCCAAUGGCUUAAUCAUAGUACUACCAAGUUUGGUUCUGAUGACCAUCUGCAGCUAAUCGCCAGUGACCACUGGUGCCUUCAAUCACUAAUUAACAUCACCAGUGACAGCCAGUCACUGGAGACCCUCUAGUCGUACACCCCUGCAGACCACACCCACCUUCCACCCUCUCUCCUACACCAAAAUACUGAUGUUCUAAAUAAACCAUAUUGUACUACAAUUAAUAGUUAAACCGGCAUGCAUUGUAGUCGGUGUUAAUGUUGAUAUGUUUGUAGUACUGACUGGUCAUUGGAGUGAGCUAAUGUGUUUGUCUUAAAAAGUGUAUUUCUUGUUGCCAUUUAUCAAGUAGGCAACAUGCUUAAACCUGUCUGGACUGCUGUUGAGAGAGAGAGAGAGCAUGGGGGGGUGGGGGGGGGGGGAGGUGUGUGUGUAUCACUGAUGGUGAUUCCUAGCCUUCAGAAGAAACUGCUACCUUUUUUCCAUUAGCAGAAAGGGACGGUUUAUAUGCACUUCCCACAGACAAGACCGCACAUACCACAGCCUUUGAUAUACUAGUUGUGAGUCACUGGUUUGGACAAGGUAAAAACACAAUGGGGCCCACCAAGGUAGUUUGAUCUAAUAACCUCCGACAAGUGUUCACUGACUGAGUUGUGUGCACCACCAUGCAAUGGUAUAUCGGAUUCUUAAUGUCAUGUUGGUUGAAUUGAUACAUUGUUAGUUCUCGACAAGUGUUCACUGACCGAGUUGUGCACCACCAUGCAAUGGUAUUUCGGAUUUUUAAUGUCAUGUUGGUUGAAUUGAUACAUUGUUAGUUCUAAUGUCACAGUUUAUCACUUGAGCUUGCAGUAAUAUUCAGCAAGUGUGUACACAAUGUAAAUGGAAUGCUGUGUGCAUUGUCUUGUCUGUGACAUUUUUCAGGUGUUCUUACGUGGCAGGCACUUUGUAACAGACUACACUUUAGGCCAGAGCCCAUAUUUUCAAAGCUAUCUUAGCACUGCAAUAUUGUACAACCGUUGUAAUGAUGUCGUAGCCUAUGGUGGUUUUAUGAUAUCCUAGUGUUAAGAUAGCAUUGAAAGUCUUUAGCUAGAAGUUUAAAUAAUAUGACUGUAUAGCAUGUGUAUAUCAUCCAUUCACCAAAUUUUUGUCAUCAAUGUUCUGUUGUAUGCUUUUAACUGCAUCACUUCAUCAAGUCAUUUUCUUUUCUUUUCUUGUUUUAGCUGCAAAAAUUUAGACAUCAUUUUUGGAAAUAUUUUUGUUAGUCAAAAACAUACAUACCAAUUUUCUAGACAUCCCCUUUUAGCAAGUAAAGUCAUUUGUUAAAUAUUUCAUCCAAGUUCCUUCUCUUAUUCUUACAUUGAAUGAAAUUUUGAUUUGUUCACGUUUCUUUUUUCAUUUCCCAAACAAUAAUUGUGUGCAAGUGAUGAACUAUAUCCGUAACAUUUCAGAUGAUAAAGUUUAACACAGACGAUUUUAAAUUUGUGUCCGAUGUUUAAUUUAUUGUUAUGAACAGGGCAGAGUUGACUGGCCUUUUAUUGCAAAAGGUCAAUUACGUAAAUAAAUCUUGUAUAUAUUU